AUGACGGACGGUCUUCGGGGUCCACCUGAUCCUCUGCUCGAUUACCAGGCUGAGGCUGAACGCCUUGCACCGCCAGCACGCGUGAGGGGCAGCGUUGAGGCUCUUCAGGGGUAUGUGGCUCAAAGAGAACCAAGCGCACGCAUCACUGGCGCACCGAGCGGUUCCUCAGAGGACAAGGGCACGGGUGCAGGUGCGCAGCCCCGAGCUGGUGUGACUCGCGCUAUCGCGGGGCUGAGCGCUGGUUGCUUGAGCACUCUUGCCUUGCAUCCUUUUGACCUGAUAAAGACGCGCUAUCAGGCGACCGAUUUGCACGGAAAGCAAGGUGCUUUUUCGUAUCGAACUAUUACGAACGCGGUAGCAACAAUAGUGCGGGAGGAAGGUCUCCGAAAUGGCCUCUACAGAGGUGCCCUUCCCGCCGUUGUAGGUUCCUCGCUUUCCUGGGGAAUCUAUUUUGAAAGCUACCAACGAGCGAAAAUGCUAGUAGCUCUUCUGGGACAACGUGUUAAAAGUGAGUACUUGUCCCAAAGAGGCAGCAUCAACCAUCUUAUAUCCGGCACAAUUGCCGGCAUCAUAACCGUACUCUUGACGAAUCCCAUAUGGCUCUUGAAAACACGUAUGCAGCUGGAGAGGGGCUCGAAAGACAACUUCAAAGGUGCUCAGUUAUCUCAAAACCAGGGGGGUGUAUUCUCGACGAUGCAAUCUGUCUGGAGAGAUGAAGGACUCAGGGGCUUCUAUCGCGGCAUUGGGCCCUCGAUGUUUCUUGUGACGCACGGUGCAAUCCAGUUCGCUGUGUACGAGAAAAUCCGAUUGUCUCUGCUUCGAAGGCGCUUCAUGGCAAAGCUGAGCCGUUCGGAAGAACUUGAGAACGAGCUGGAACGAUCUUUGGAUUCUAUUUCACUUCGGAACUCAGCAGGACAAGCAGAACGGCUGAGCGUCAUUGAAAGUCUGAUUGCAGCUACCGCUUCCAAAGUUAUAGCCUCGCUUGUCACGUACCCAUUGCAGGUUGCUCGCACACGCAUGCAGCAGCGCGGCGCAGAUCCGGUCGCGUACGGGAGUAUGAUUCGUGCGUUGCGUACAAUCUACAUGCGAAAUAGCUUCCGGGGGCUUUACAGAGGCAUUGUCGCGAAUCUUCUUCGUGUGGCACCUUCAUCGGCGAUUACAUUCAUGUGUUAUGAGCAGAUUUCGCAACUUCUUGAUAGGCUCUGA